AUGCGCACCAGUUCGCUUCUCGCGGUUACACUGGCUGCUUUAGCCGCUGGCGAGAGCACCACCACCGUCGGCUAUUUCGGGUACAACGCAGGACUCGGUAAUGACAUCGGUCCCUUCGCCUUCUCUAGCACUGGAGCCAGUGUUGCUGGCAUCAAUGCGGUCGCUACCACCUACGAAAUUAAGUGUUUGAGCGAUGCACCGACAUCCGAGUGCCAGAUCCAAUCGAAGCAUCCCUGGACCCUCAUUCAGGGUCCUUCGACCUACAACUUUGCGGCUUCUUUCACUUAUACAAGAGACGAGAUAACCGCGACAUAUAUCGAGACAGCUGAUUGCUCUUUCACUAGCUACUCUGAAUCGGCCUCUUGCUCAUGGAGUUACUCGGCCACUGGCUCUUCAUCUGGUGGCAAUCUUGCCUCUUCUACUUCUUCUUCCACCUCGAACAUCCCGACUGCCUCGGUCACUUACUGGGAACUGGAUGUCACUGGCGGUGUUGCCUCUUACACUGCUCCUCAGGCAACCAAGACCCCUGAUGCUGCUGCUGCUCUCGCGAAGCCUUUGAUCACCGCUGCACCAAUGUUCGCUGUGGCUGCCGCUGCCGCUGCCAUGUUCUAA